GCUCCUACCGCGAACAGCUUCGUUCGACUACAUUGAUACAUCCGAUAAGCCCUUCUGCACUUCUCUGCCCCUUCUCUGUAGAUCUGCUAUACCACAGCCUGUGUGCGAUCUAACGACUCAAGGCUGGACAAGCGCAUCACGCAUCACUACUCCCGGCCCUGAUUAAGCUGCACAGACUUGACUUUACAAACUUCCCGCAACUUCCCACGCCCCACGUCGCACACGCUCAAUUGCUUCUGAGAGCUUAACGUUACAGCAUCUCGCUGCUUCAAGCAAUCUCUGCAUGCCCUCCUCCGCAACGCAACGCAUCGACGCGCUCUCGAAUCACCUAGCGACCACAGCACCAACGGCUACAAAUCAAUCGCUCACCAUGUCGACAGAGAAGAAGCCCCCAAUCACAUGCCACGUGCUCGACACGACAAUUGGCAAGCCCGCAGGCGACAUCCCCGUCGUUCUUACGCUGCUCAAUCCAUCUUCGUCCUCGGACUCCACACUAAAGUUCUCGGCCACAACAAACAGCGACGGUCGCGUCACUGCAUGGAAACCCACCUCGCCAUUUUCGAGUCAGGGACUGGAGGAAGUGUUCCAUGAAGCAGGCGAUAAAAAGUACAGCCUGACAUUCGAUACCGAGGCGUACUUUGGGGGGAGAGGGGUGAACACUUUCUUCCCGGAGGUUGUUGUGCAGUUCGUGGUUAGGGAGGCACAGAAGGGCGAGCAUUUCCAUGUUCCUGUGCUCCUGGGACCUUUUGGUUAUACGACGUACCGUGGGUCGUGAAGAGCUGGGACGCAGGGAUGCUCUCAAGCAGCAUGAAGAGAACAUGGGGCACAUACGUUGUACCUCAAAUAUACCCAACCAGCAUCUACGCAGAACUUUACAUCCAGACUCUGUUCAAAUCUUGAGAAGUCGCGAUAGCAACCCAUGACUACAAACCCUUUUUUCGAACCAUCAACGGUUCGACUUGCUAUCUUCGCUUGAAAUCUGUGCAAGAUUUAACUGCAUACACAGCGCGCGCGACUGCG